AUCACUCCUUGUUGCUCAUGUUACAACUGCCCUUUUUCACAGGGAUGCUUGAAGAUGGAAAGAAAUUUGAUUCCUCCCGGGACAGAAACAAGCCCUUUAAGUUUAUGCUAGGCAAGCAGGAGGUGAUCCGAGGCUGGGAAGAAGGGGUUGCCCAGAUGAGUGUGGGUCAGAGAGCCAAACUGACCAUCUCCCCAGACUACGCCUACGGUGCUACUGGGCACCCAGGCAUCAUCCCGCCAAACGCCACUCUCGUCUUUGACGUGGAGCUUCUGAAACUGGAAUGACAGGAAUGGCCUCCUCCCUGAGCUCCCCAUUCUUGGAUGCGCCAUGGAGGGGUGUGGCGCCUCCAGACGCGCCCGCGCGAGUCCGUAUGGAGCUUUUCCUGAUGUUCCACUACACUCUUUGUAUAAACAUCGACCCCGACUGAAUGUGUUCUGUCACCUGGCUUUGCUCUUUCCCUUUCUCCUCGGAUGUGUGUUGACCUGAACUAUAUGCCAUAAACCUCAAGUUACUCAUUUUAUUUCGUUUUUUGUUUUGGGGUGAAGAUUCAGUUUCAGUCUUUUGGAUCUAGGUUUCCACUUAAGUAUUAGUCAAGUAUUAACAGCACAAGUAAUGGGCUAACCUUAGAAUAGGAAUUGGUGUGGGGGGGGAGGGGAUGCAAGAAUCUUUAUUUUAUUUUAUUUUUUUUGGAUGAAAUUUUUAUCUAUUAUAUAUUAAACAUUCUUGCUGCUGCGCUGCAAAGCCAUAGCAGAUUCGAGGCGCUGUCGAGGGCUGAAUUACUCUCCCAGGUGAGAGAUGCCCUUGGGUUGAAUUAAAAGCCCUACCUAAAACUGAAGUGGGGAGGGGGAGAGCCUUUGCCUCCACUGCCCCCGCCCCAGCCUCCCCUUAAACCCUCUGCCUUUUGAAAGCAGAUCGUUCUCACUGCGAUGUUGGACACUACAGGUAUCCGUCCCCAGGCCAGCAGGGACCUCCGAAGCCUUCUUCUUGGCCUCUCCCCCCCCCCCCCCCCCACCCCAAUCCUGUGGUUUUUCUAACAGUUAUUCAGGACUUUUGUAAUCUCAUAGCUAUCCAAGCUCCACUUCCCAAAUUUUAAGAACUUAAUCAAAAGUUUAAAUCGAAGGUGCUGUUUGUGGACACUGAACACCCGAUGAAAGCCCAGCCAUCAUGACAAACCCUUGAGUGUUGUCUUGAGAAAACGAUGCUGGUCGUCACAGCUACAGCGUCUCCUGGUUUUUGAUGUUCGGCUCCCCCUGCUGAUUUCAGAGUUUCCUGGCUUUUCCUCCUCCCCCUCUCACCCUUUUGCUGUCCUGUGUAGUGAUUUGGUGAGAGAAAUUACUGCUGCCUACCCCCCCGACCCUGACCUCCCCGCACUACAUAUGAGUUUCAAGUUUUAUUAUUGCAAUAAAAGUGCUUUAUGCUGGCUUUUCUCA